UAUUAUGUUGCGGGUUGAUAGUACAUUGUACACCAUGCUUUUGAACAAAAAGUUUAAAGUUAUUUUUAUUGCAUUAUGAAAAUUUUCAUUUUUUUAUAGAAAUGGUAGGUAAUUAAAAUAUUGAAAUGCAAUCAAAAACAUAUCUUCAAUUAACUUUGGCAAUAAUUAAACCACAUGUUGUUAAAUCUCCUUUUGUGCUUCAGAAAAUUCGAGAUUCAAUAAUUGACAACAACUUAAAAAUUGUCAGAUCACGCAGGACAAUAAUUACUCAAAAAGAAGCAGUGUUAUUUUAUGAAGAACACAAAGAAAAGUUCUUUUAUAAUCGUCUUCUGACAUUUAUGUGUAGUGGCCCAUCAGAUAUUUAUAUUUUAACAGAUCACAAUGCUAUUGCUAAAUGGAGACAAUUAAUGGGUCCUACAAAAGUUUAUCAGGCACAAUAUACUGCCCGUGAUACAAUUCGAGGAAUGUAUGGUCUAUCAGAUACAAGAAAUGCAACGCAUGGUUCUGAUUCAGUUGCAUCUGCAGAGAGAGAAAUAAGAAUAUUCUUUAGUGAUUUUAAUUUUAAGAAAUGGUACGAACAUGAUGAAAAAUAUUAUAAUUUAGGUCAAAUUCAUUUUGAUCCAGUAGCUUUUGUACAUACUAUUAACACGAGUUUCCCUAAUAAAGAACAAGUUACAAAGUAAAUAUUGUAAAUAAAGUAUUACUAAAUAUUUAAUAAUAUAGAAUUUUACAAAAGUUGUGUAUAUUAUAUACAGUUAUUAAAUAUAAAUAUACAUACAUAUAUAUGUAUAUCUAUAUAGAUGAUGUAUAAUAAUUCAGCACCUGACAAAGAAAUAUCUUCAAUAUUUAGGAACAAUAAAAUAAGUUGAUAUAAAUGUA